CACUCUGAAAGUUCCGGUGCUGAGUCCAUUUACACGGGUAUAUUUAAAUACCUUACAUAGACUAUUUUCCCCAUCACUGAAACUACGAAUUCGCUGUUAUAAGCAAAACAGUGAGGCAAUAAUACUUACUACAACCAAGCAUUGUUAAAACUAUAUCGCUAUCUGUUUCAGAUUUGUGCAGUUUGCAAAUGAAAUGUUGUUUAAAAGAGCAUGUAGGUGUUGGCAGAGCCGUAGAUCUACGUCUCUGGUGUUGGUAGGUCGCUGGUGACAGACAGACAAAACGUCCAAUUGGAUCGUUAGAAAUUGCGAUGGCGUCUUCAGAAAAUUAGCAAUGUCAAUAGAACCAACCAAUGGGAGGUAAAAACGGAGGUAAAUAACAAGGAACCAUCAAAUGAUAAACCGCGUCAAGGCGGGCUUGUGCGCGAACGUUUUCCUCUUCGGGUGUCAUAGGAUCCUGGCGGUGUUCAUUGUGUGACAAGAGAAAUCACAUCUGCGGCUUCACAGCAUCGAAUUAGGUGUCCUUGGAGCAGGUUCGCUGUUCGAACUAAUAAAAGAACCGUAGUUACGGAUAAACAGAUUCGGGAUCUGUGAAGUGUCUACAUGGCAGUCAGAAGGGGACACAUUCGAUACUUAAAAGUAUGCGAGGUUCAGAGCUGCCAGGGUAAUGAAAACAGGGAAGCACAGCAGCUCGGCAGUAAAGGUGCCGGUUCACUAAAGGAGGUUUAUGACAUGUCUAAUGGUUAUGAAGACCACAUGGCAGAGGAUGUAAAGGAUUCAAUUUCCAAAACAAACCUGAUCGUCAAUUACCUCCCUCAGAACAUGACCCAGGACGAGCUCCGCAGUCUGUUCAGUAGCAUCGGCGAAGUGGAGUCUGCCAAACUCAUUCGCGAUAAAGUGGCAGGUAAUCCAUAUCACAGAAACCAGAGCCACAGUUUAGGGUACGGAUUUGUUAACUAUGUUAACCCUAGUGAUGCAGAAAGGGCAAUCAAUACACUCAAUGGGCUGAGACUACAGUCUAAAACUAUCAAGGUGUCCUAUGCACGGCCAAGCUCUGACACCAUUAAGGAUGCUAACCUGUACAUUAGCGGGCUGCCCAAGACCAUGACACAGAAAGAUGUGGAGGACAUGUUUGCACGCUACGGUCGCAUCAUUAACUCGCGCGUCCUUGUCGAUCAGGCUUCAGGUUUGUCCAGGGGGGUUGCCUUCAUUCGCUUUGACAAAAGGGCCGAGGCAGAAGAUGCGAUCAAGGAUCUGAAUGGCCAGAAGCCUCCAGGCGCCUCGGAGCCCAUCACCGUGAAGUUUGCCGCCAACCCGAACCAGGCGAAAAAUUCCCAGCUGCUCUCGCAGCUGUACCACUCGCAGUCCCGCCGCUUUGGCGGCCCCGUGCACCACCAGGCUCAGAGGUUCAGGUUCUCUCCAAUGAGUGUUGACCACAUGGGCGGCAUCUCUGGCGUCAGCGUGCCGGGGAACUCCACCUCGGGCUGGUGCAUUUUCAUCUACAACCUGGGCCAGGACGCCGACGAGGGCAUCCUGUGGCAAAUGUUCGGCCCCUUUGGAGCAGUCACCAACGUCAAAGUCAUCCGCGAUUUCAACACCAAUAAAUGCAAAGGGUUUGGUUUUGUGACCAUGACAAACUACGAGGAGGCCGCAAUGGCCAUUGCCAGCCUCAACGGUUAUCGCCUUGGUGACAAGGUCUUACAGGUGUCAUUCAAAACUAGCAAGUCUCACAAAUAAAAAAUAAAAAUAAAAAAAAAGUAAAAAUGUACUUGCUGUCAAAUUUUCUACAUGGGGAAAAAAAGGAAAAAUUACAUAUUUAAAAAGGCUAAUUUCUUUGUUAGUGUAACAGCAGUUCUGCGCAAGUUUUCAACUUUUUCCUCGUCUUAGUCUUUAAUGAAGUAAAAUGUUUUUCAUAUUCUGAGAUGGAACAAAUGUCUUUUUUUUUUUUUUCUUUAUCUCUUUCAAGAUUUAUUGACCUGUUGUACAUUUUUCCCCUCCCAUUCUCACUUCUGACAUUAAAUUUUUUGUAUAAAGUGUAUUCUAGACUUGGCAAUGUCAUUGUGCCAUAUGCAUGUUCUCAAAAAAAAAAGACUUUGCAAAGCAUGCCAUGUCAUGGACUGAUUCAAUCGAUUUGUAUUUAUGUUGAUGAUGAUUGCUUGCCUAAUUGAGCCCAGAUUAAUAUACAAAUGCCUUAAAUUCCCCCUUUCCCCUCAACUCCCUUUCCCUCAGUUGGAUAAUUCAGGUUUUGUUAGAUGCUGUUAGUUCUCAAAUUGCCCUUAUGAAAAUUGGUAAAAACCAAUAGUAACAUGAAUCAGUUUUUGGCACAGCAUGCUUGGCUAUAAGUUAAGAGCACCAGUCUUCAUAAAAGGUGUGGUAUUGGUAGUAUAGAGGCAGCACGAAGCCAGCUAGGAGUAUUUUUUUUUUAAGUUUGUUUUCUGUUUUUGAGAAGACCUAGUUUGAAGAUAGAGAUGGUUAUGUUAAGAAGGACCAAAGAGAUUGAAGGAAACUUAAUUUGUAUGAUUACCAACCCCACAAUUGAUUUGCCCUCUUAGGCACAUCACUGCUAAUGCUACUCCCCAAAACAUGUUUGUUAAUUCGCAGGCUGAAAGAAAAUUUGUUGCCUUUGAAUUUCAUUUAGGCAUCAAAUUGUUUUCCCUUGUGUAAUCACUUAUCUUGUUUUCUUUUAAAGAGGGCUUUUUGUUUAUUCUCCUGCAAACAUUGAAAAUGUGAAAUUACUAUUUUCCAUGCAGUUUCAUUCUUUUAAUUCAUUUUAAGCAACUAAUCAAAAUUUUGUGGAAGAUGCCUUGACAUUUUUUGUUUGUUUCCUUUGGUUUGUUUGUUUUACUUGGCAUUUUUGACCAUUAAAUUGGAUUUUGUUUUGCUGAAAUUUUGUUUUGUUUUCUUUUUUGAAUGACAUUUUCUUUGGUCUUGAUUUGUUUGAUUCUUUUUCAUGUGGCGUUUCAAUGGGUCUGGUGAAGGAAAAACGAGGGGAAACUCCAAACGCGAACUGAAUUGUCAACUUGCAUUCAAAAGAUAAGCAGUGUUACCACUCGGCUUGCUUGAAAUGCAAAGUCCAUUGGUUGAGUGACCAGCAGUGGUGGUUUAGGUCCCGUUGCAUUUACUCUUAUUUUGGACAUAACUAUUGUAGUUUUGAUACUUUCUGAUAGACCAAAUGUUGCUGUAGAAUUACUUCCAGUUUCCUUAUUCCAAAAGUCUAACCAGUUAAUUUUAAUCUACAGUUUGUUGUUCAAAUUGCCCUUUUAUUUCUUCCACCGUUCAUUCAUUUCCCCAGUUCCUUAGUAUAAUGGGUUCCUUCCAUGUCAGAAUUCCAUUUCGAGGAACGUUGAUCAUUUUCAUCUCCUGAAUUGUAGUUGCUUCAGUUGGGCCAUAUUUUCUUGCACACAGAUGUAGCUGGGGAACACCAGUUAUUUAAAUAGCUAGGUGCUGACGUUUUGGUCUUUCUUAAAGAGGUCUGUUUUGAAACGCUGUCAUUAUGUCGAGACAACUUGAAGACCACACAGUGGUUAAAUAUUAGUGUUCAAAUACACGAUACCUCUUGUUCUAGAAAGCCUAAAGGAAUGAACAACCUGCUUGUAAACAGCUGUUUUUUUAACUCUUGAUCCGUGAUUGAGAAUGGGAAAUGAAAAUUUUUAGUAGAUUUAAGAAAUUAAGUUUUCGGAGACCAUUUGAGUACAUUUUUUCAUUUUGCCUUAGUAAGCAGUUUGAUCCAAGGGAAAAAUCAGGUUAGUAUUUCUGAACAUGGUCUUAAUUUUUUAACGGGGCCUGUAUAUUGGUGAAAGUUUAAUGUCAGAUCUCACUAGUCUUAAGUAGGCCAGUUUACACGAACACCAUCUUGAUUGUUGGUUGUAUAGUACGUUGUCGCAUUUAGAAAUGUACAUAUUGUAGUUUUCUUGUAGUUCACAUCCUAUCUAUAAGUCUGUGUACGUGUGCAUAUGCAUUCUCAAAGGAAGUGAAAGAAACAUAGACCGUUCCAAUUUUCUUUUAUUCUGUGCUCUGAAUUCUGUUUGCUUUUAAAAAAUGGCUGCGAUCAUGUUUUAUUUUUUUAUUUUUUUUACUCCAAUCCCCCGCAUUUAUUUGGGGUGGUUUUUUUGUUUGUUUUCUUUCUCCAUCUAUGUUUAGUCUACGUUACUGAUUUUUAUUGGUGGAUCCAUUAACUUUGAUUUGGUCUGGCUGAAGAGUAACAUUGAGGAUGCGGUAUAGUCUGAACAAUGGGGGUUUUUUUGUGUGAAAUGCAAACUUUUUUUUAAUCCAUACUUUCAGUUUAUUUAACUUGUUUUUUAAAGAAUCUUUUUGGAGAGAGGAAUUGUAUUUAACAGUGUCCCACCCUUGUUUUGGCCUUAAUUUGUGAGAGUUCAGGUAAUUUUUUGGCUGAUUGCAUCAUAAGGCUCUCACACAUUGUACAUGGUUACACAUUUUGUAAAUUUUAGUGUGUUGACUUUUUUUUUACUUGGUCAGUUUUAAUUUGCCUUUUCAGUUUUGAAUAUAUAUUUAUUUUAAGGUACUUUUGUUCAAAGCUGUAUUGUCAAACAUGCCAAUAUCUUAGAUAAGUCAGACACUGUUUUACAAAGCUGAAGAAAAAUAAAGAUGAGAAUCGUA